UCCAAGUUCGUCCUUUCUUGCAGUGAUAAUCAAAACGUGCUCGUCAUGGAUUACAGCGAUGCUUUCAACUCCCUUACUCAGGGAAUGGUAGAGUUUGACAUUCCUGCAAAAAACAUACAUCAAAAGUCUAAACAAGGCGAAGAUGAUCAUUUGCCACAACAAUUUACUCGCCAGUAUUUGGUUGAACCUACCAAAAAAUUAAAGAACGGGUUUCCUCUUGUCAAAGCCUUCAAAGCUCUUGCCAAAACGCCCUACGCAUAUCAGUCAGAUACAGUUAAAACUCUUGUAUCAUUUGGAUACAAUAAGCCUAUGCCAGUUCAGACAGUUACAAUUCCGGUUUUUCAUGAGGGUCACAACAUGUUAGUUGGAUCUCCAACGGGUUCCGGCAAAACAGCGGCCUAUCUCAUUCCUCUUUUAAACAUUGCUGCUGCGGAAGGGGUUUCGGAUAAUUCAGAGGAAAAUCAUGCUGUUCGUCCCCACUGUAUAAUUCUCACAACCUCUCAUGAACUCCUUGGGCAAAUUUUUACCGAAGCUGUGAAAAUUGGAACGAAUCUCUUUCCACAACAUGGAAAGAUCGCUAUACUUCGUAAAGAUCAUUACAAUAAUAGGAAGGAAUCAACGACAGAUGGUAAAAAAGUAAAGAAGGUCCGAGAAAAGAGGCUUCCUGCUGACACUCGGGUUCUUAUCACCACUCCUAUUCGAUUGACUACUCUUUUAAAGAAAAGGAAGGAGAAGUGUCCUAUUAAGCUUGAUAGUUUGCGCUGGCUUGUGAUAGACGAAUGCGAUAAGAUGCUGGAGUCAGAUUUGGGCGAACAUGCGGAGAUGAACUUGCGCGCAUUUCGUGCUCAACUAAACGCUGUUCUAACUGCGAUACAAGAUGAAAAGGGUUCACCUAGCAUCGCUCUCUUCUCAGCUACUCUUCCUGAGCCUGUACUCGCUUGGGCGGUCGAGGAGAUUAGUUCCAAGUACUGUGAUGCCUCCCGGGGCUUGGUCAAAAUUCAAAUUGGCGACUGCAACUCUGCGGUGUCAUUGGUAAAGCAGGAACUUCGUUAUUGUGGUACCGAGGAGGGAAAACUCCUGGAACUUCGUAAAAUGUUGAUUGAGGGUCUUGUGUACCCCUGCCUCAUAUUCACCGAAUCACGAACUCGAGCUGCAGAACUCUAUCGGGAGAUAACCCUCUGCGACAAGGACAUUCUUGUCAGCGUCCUUUCGGGAGAUAAGAGCGAAUCCCAACGAGUCGCCACAGUGAAAGCCUUCCGUGAAGGCAAAGUCAACGUUCUAAUCUGCACAGACUUGCUCGGAAGAGGCAUGGAUUUUAGAAGCCUUAUGAUGGUCGUGAACUAUGACCUCCCUCCAUCUUCCAUUGAGUACAUUCACAGAAUCGGUCGAACAGGACGAGCUGGUCAUGUGGGCGGUCGAGCUGUAACCCUCUGGACAGAUGCUGAUCUACCUCAUAUGGAUGCCAUCUUGGAUGUAAUGUCACGAAGUGGAGUGGCAAUUGAUCCGGAACUCCGACGUUUAGUUGGGGUUUGGAAAGCAAGAAGGGCCUCUAAAACACAUGCGAAGGCUUUGGGUGGCGUAGUUUCCCAACGAAAGGGCGAGCGUAGACUGGCGGCAAAGGUAGCCAGGGCUGUCAGUAAAUCCAAAGGAAAGGCCAAGUUGGACAAGAAGUUGCUCAGACCAUGGAAUCCUCACAGAAGAAGUCUCACUGAUGUAAAAGGUUCCAAGUUGAAUGCUCUCAAGAUUGCAUUGGAAGCCAAGGCCUCUGAACAAGGCCAUAAGAAGUGUAUUGUGAAGAAAAAGUAG